AAAGCACGAAAAGUUGAGGGGUAAAAAAAGUUACUCAGGAGGUCAGCGAGAGUCUGCUCUUGACUCUCUCUCUCGGCGAUGAAUUCUCUGAGCUCUGAUCGGACGGAAAAUCUCUCUGCGUCUUCUUCAAGUUCGGAGUGCCAACAAAAUGGCGGUUCUUCAUUUUCACAUCUCCCUCUUGUUCCUGACCCUGCGAUUUAUGCCGUUAUGACUGCCUACGCCAAAGAUUCCAGCCCAUUGAAGCUGAAUUUGGGUGUUGGAGUUUACAGAAGUGAGGAUGGAAAACCUUUUAUUCUGGACGUGGUUAGACGAGCGGAGCAGCUUCUAGCCAAUAAUCGGUCCGCAAAUAAAGAAUAUCUUCCUAUAACUGGAAUACCAGAAUUCAAUGAAUUGAGUGCCAAGCUCAUUUUGGGCAAUGACAGCCCUGCUAUCAAAGAGAACAGAGUGACUACUGUCCAGGGUGUAGCUGGUUGUGGCUCACUGAGUCUUGGGGCUGAGUUUUUGGCGAAACAUUACCGUCAAACAGUAUACAUUCCCGAUCAGACAUAUCCAAACCACCCAAAUUUUUUCACCUCUGUUGGUCUAGUAGUGAAGACAUACCGGUAUUAUGACCCAACAACAUGUGGGCUGGAUUUUCAAGGCUUAAUGGAAGACCUUUCCUCGGCGUCACCUGGAGCUAUUGUACUUCUCCAAGCAUGUGGUCAUAACCCAACUGGUGUUGAUCCAACAAUUUCACAGUGGGAGCAAAUAAGACUUUUGAUGAGAUCAAAAGGGUUGUUGCCCUUUUUUGAUUCUGCUUAUCAGGGCUUAGUUAGUGGAGACCUGGAUGCAGAUGCAUGGCCGCUACGUUUAUUUGUGGCUGAUGGUGGUGAGUGCCUUAUAGCUCAGUCAUAUUCAAAGAACAUGGGACUCUACGGGGAACGUGUUGGUGCACUUAGCAUUGUCUGCAAGACAGCAGAAGUGGCUAGGAAGGUCGAGAGCCAGCAGAAAAUUCUGAUCCGACCCUCGUAUUCUAACCCUCCUAUUCAUGGUGCUUCCAUAGUGACUGCUAUCCUCAAGGACAGGGAUAUGUACAACGAGUGGAGUAGUAACUUGAAGACAAUGACUAACCGCCUUGUCAGUAUGCGACGAAAGCUUGUUGAUGCUCUGCGUGAUAGAGGCACGGCUGGUGACUGGAGUCACAUAAGCAGGCAAGUGGGAAUGUAUUCUUUCACAGGAUUAACUCCAGAUCAAGUUGCCUUCAUUACUAAAGAAUACCACAUCUACCUCUCGUCAGACGGGAGGAUUAAUAUUGCUGGUCUAGGCUCUAAUACAGUGCCUCAUCUAGCAGAUGCUAUUCAUGCAGCUGUUACUCGUGGUGUUUAAGUUACCGUCAGCAUUAACAAUCCAAUUGUUGGUCAAUUUUGUUAGUUUGUUCCCUUUUUUUCCCCUUUCUUUUUUCACCUUCGAAGAAUUAAAUACUCGGCUCUAGCUAUUAUUGUUAUUUUAUUCGGAUAUUCAAUGUAAUCAGUUCAAAAAAGAAAAAGAAAAUAAAG